AUUGUGAAAGUUCAAAUAUUCAUCGCAGAUAUUAACGACAAUGCACCAUACUUUGAUCAGAAACGAUACGAGGGUAAAGUUGCGGAGAAUGCGGAAAUUAAUCAAGAUGUGAUCACUGUGAAGGCGCACGAUCUCGAUAGAUUGUCGAAUUUGAAAUACGAUCUGUACGCAGUGCACGGUGGACGUAUACCGUUUGGAGUGAGAACGGAUUCGGGUGCUGUUUUUGUGAAGGAGCCACUUGAUUAUGAAAAGGUAAUUGCGGUGGAUUAUUUGGACAUUUCAGUCACCUCUGAGUGUUUUUUAUUAUCUUGA